AUGGAUGAGCGAGACUCAGCUGGCCCUGAAGCAGGAAGGGGCCCUGCUAACCAAACUGGGAGCAGUGGGGGAUUCUGGGAAAACCCAGUGCAGAAGAUCCUGGGUGAGGAGGACACUCCAUGCUCAGAGGUGCAGAGCCAGCAGUUGAGGCAGUUCUGCUGCCAGGAGGCCAAAGGACCCCGAGAGGCUUGCAGCAGACUCUUCCACCUUGACCAUCAGUGGCUGAAGCCAGAAAGGCACACGAAAGCUGAGAUGCUGGACCUGGUGAUCUUGGAGCAGUUCCUGGCUGUCCUUCCCCCGGAGAUGGAGAGCUGGGUGAGGGACUGCGGAGCGGAGACCAGUUCCCAGGCGGUGGCCCUGGCCGAAGGUUUCCUCCUGAGUCAGGCAGAGGAGAGAAAGCAGGUGAGAGAGACUUUCCUCUGGAUACUCCCAAGGGGCUCCAAACAGGACAAAGAACAUCCCAUAAUGGUCUGCUGAUGGCCCAUCCGUUUUCUGGGAAAGCAUCCAUGGAAUGAGAUGUCACACCCUUCAAGUCUUUGUCAUUCUCUUUCUAGUAUUUCUCACCAUUCUCUGUUUUGAAUCCGUGUUUCUUUUUCAGGGAAAGGAUCUCUUUGCAGAAAUGGACCUGGAUUCCUGUGAGGCAGAGAGGCCUCCGUUGGACACCAGAGAGAGGCCACUGGGUAAGGAGGAAGGUGGUUUUUAUCCUUUUGGUCUCAUUCUGUUGGUUUUCCAACUCAUCUGGGGGUUCUUUUCAUCUUGUUUUGGAGGGAAACAGUUGGGAACAAGGGUCCAUAGGAGGGGAGAUGUAUUUUUUCACAACAAACGUAUGAAAUGGGCACAAACGUCCAAAUGCUCUCAGCAGGUAAGGCUUUCUCAAAGGCCCAUGUGUAGUUAGAGAUGCCCUGUUUCACCAGUGAGAGAAGCAGGCACUCCUGGCGUCCUGUUUACCUUUUAUCUCUUGCAGGUGACAGAGUGAUUCCAGCAAGACUUCCUGAUCCGUCUUUUCAUGGGGGCAGAAGGGAAGCAGUGGCUGUGGAACCAGAUCAGGUCAGGGGAAGCUGCCUUGUGGGGACAGAGGCUGAGGGAUGGAGCAAUGUCAUGGACUGGUUGGGCACAGAGGAAUGGUGGGAGGAUACAGCUGGGGAACCAGGAAGGGAAGAUUGCUGAGAGCCCAAGAAGUGGAGGUAGAAGAAGGAUGGGUGGUCAGAGGGGGAAGAGGGAGAAGCCUGGGAAGAGGAGGUGUCAGAAGCUGAAGGGGUUACAGGGCUUAGCGAGCUGGGAGACUCUGUGGCAGAAUGCAGUGCAGAAUCGGAGGCAGAAGAGGAAGAAAGCGAGUGGGAGGAGGGAGGUCGAGAGGCAGAGUCAGGAGAAGGAGGAGCCACAGGUGGCUCCCUCUCCUUUUGCCAGAAGCCACCCUCCCUGCUUGUCUCUCAGAGCCAGGAGACCCCCUGCAAUGCAGAAAUCUCUGCUAGAUCAUCCAAGAGAGAUGGCCAUCCAACAGAGGCUUAUUUGAUUUCUAGAUAGAUCACUGAAUGCUCAGAUUGGUUUCUAAGCAGUGGACAAAUGAGAACAAAUAGUCGCCUGGAUUCACCUAACCAGCUCCAUUGGCUGCAAAAUGGGACUUGCCCCCCCUUCCUCCCGCUCUAUGCCCCCAUGAACCCCUUGAAUUUGGCUCUAGGCCAUUGGGAGGGAACUCCCUAGAACAGCUCACAAGGAGAGGAGAAAGUGGACCCUUCCAUCAGGCAAACUGGAAUGCUUGCGUAAGCAGAAUGACCUGGAAAACACAAAGUGGAGUAACACCUAUUUGCACAAAGACGAAUACCCAUUAUUAGAACGCAGAAUAAAAUUAGCAUCCAUAAAUAAAAUGUACAGCAAAGCAAUCCUAUUGAAACAACUUCCCUGCAUGAGUGCCUGAGGGCCCUGCUCCUGCCACUCACCACCUGGCCCAGGGCGGGACCUGAAGCCUCUUAAGGACGGUUGCUGCUGCUGCUGCUGCUGGCCAGGAGGACUCGGAGCAGUGCAAUGUUCUUUUUAAAAUGUUUUUUAAAAUUUUCUUUUUUCCUUUUUGAUUACUUUUUUUUGGGGGGGGUGGAUGUUAAGACCAGAGCAUGUCAUUACAGAGGAGCCAGGUUUAGUCGUUUGAGGACUAUCCCUGCCUCCGGGUCUGGUCCUGACUGGGCGUAUACUAGAAUCAGCAAGGGAUACCCACAUGACCUGAAUGUGCUGCUGUUCAAUGCCAGGUCAAUGAUUCAUAAAACCACUGCCAUCCAUGACUUGAUCAUGGAUGGAGGACUUGACCUGGCAUGUGUAACAGAGACUUGGUUGGCUGAAGCAGAUGGGCCUGUCCUUGCCGCUGCUUGCCCACCAGGUUUCUCUUACACACAGCAACCCAGGCCUUGUGGGCGGGGAGGGGGGGUUGCAGUGCCAUGGUCAGAUCACUUCCUGGUGCAACUGGACUUCUCUGCUACCCUUCCCCUCUGCAGGGAGGUGGGACCGAUUUGGAUGGUCCGCCCACACCACUUAAUGGAUCUAAACGGUUUCCAGAGAGUGGUAGGGGAUGCUUUAUCCCAUGUUGAUGGCCUUUCAGCUGAUUCCCUGGUGGCCCGCUGGAAUGCGGACGUUAACAAGGGCUAUUGACUGUUUGGCUCCGAAGCACCCUCUUCGAUUGCAUGGAGCCCGGACAGCCCCAUGGUUUUCCACGGAUCUGAGGGCAAUGAAACAAUCGCUGAGACGGCUAGAGCUCCGGUGGCGGAUAACUCAUUCUGAAGCUGACCAGACACAGGUUAGAGCUCAAUGUCGAGCCUACCAAGUGGCGGUAGCAACGGCGAAUAACACUUUCUUGGCCGCCUCUGUUGCAUCUGCAGAAAACAGCAGCAGGGGACUUUUUCAGGUGGUUUGCAAUUUAGCGGAACCACCUGCUACAUUGGGGCCCAGAAUGGGCCACAUGAUCUGCAAUAAUUUUGCAAAGUUUUUUUGCAGAUAAAGUUGCUCAGAUUCAGGAAGAGGUAGACUCCACCGUGGGAGCAGGGCCGAGUGCUAGUGUCCUGUCUAGUCAAGUUGCGUGGGAUCAAUUCCAAUCUGUUACCUCCGAGGAUGUGGACAGGCUGCUUGGAUGAGUGAAACCAACCACCUGUCUCCUUGAUCCUUGCCCAUCCUGGCUUAUAAAAGCUAGCCGGGAAGGGCUGGGCGAUGGGCUUUGCGGGGUCGUGAAUGCUUCUCUCUGUGAGGGAGCCUUCCCAGACCCGCUGAAAGAGGCGGUCAUUAAACCGCUUCUUAAAAAACCAUCUUUAGAUGCUGCCAAUAUGGCUAACUAUCGCCCAGUCUCAAAUCUUCCAUUCUUGGUCAAGGUGAUUGAGCGAGUGGUUGCUGAACAACUCCAGGCACGCCUGGAAGAAGCGGACCAUUUGGAUCCCUUCCAGUCGGGAUUCAGGCCUCAUCAUGAGACUGAAACUGCCUUGGUCUGGGCUAGGGACAAAGGUGAGAGCUGUUUCCUAGUUCUGCUGGAUCUCUCAGCGGCGUUUGAUACCAUCGACCAUAACAUCCUUCUGGACUGUCUUGAGGGGCUGGGAGCUGGGGGCACUGUCACACAGUGGUUCCGCUCCUUCCUCCUGGGCCGUGUUCAGAAAGUGGUGGUGGGGGAUGAUUGUUCAGACCUCUGGGCUCUCACUUGUGGGGUGCCUCAGGGUUCUGUCUUCUCCCCCAUGCUUUUCAACAUCUACAUGCAGCCGCUGGGAGAGAUCAUCAGGGGGUUUGGGCUGGGUGCUCAUCAGUAUGUGGAUGAUACCCAACUCUACCUCUCUUUUUUUAAAAAAAAUACUUUUUAUUAAUUUUCCAACAUAGAUAUACAGUUUAAUCCAAGUUUUCACAAAUUUAACAUUUUUGGACUUCCUUCAGCUUCUCUGACAAACAUCCAUUUUUAACUCUUAAUUACGCAUUUCUUCUGUUCUAUAUUGUCAUUAGUCUUCCCUCCAAUCAUCCAUUUCUUUUUAACAAUAUAUCUCAGCUUUUACAGUGCUUCUUUAAAACCCGCUAGCGUUGUUUGUACUUCACAUGUACUUUUCAGAUAUUCCACAAAUUUCCCCCAGUCCUCGAUGAACUUUUGGUCUCGACAAUAUCUGACUUUCCCUGUUAAUUUGUCCAGUUCUGCAUAGUCUGUUAAUUUCAUCCUCCAUUCUUCUUUCGUCGGUAUUUCCUCUUGUUUCCACUUCUGGGCCAGUAGAAUUCUUGCUGCUGUAACUGUGUAUUGGAAAAGUUUAUAGUCAUUCUUUCUUAUUUCCUUUCCUGUAAUCCCUAAAAGUAGGGCCUCUGGUUUCUUAACAAAUGUAUAUUUCAACAUUUUUUUCAUUUCAUUAUAUAUCAUCUCCCAGAAGCCCUUCACUUUCUUACACUCCCACCACUUCUUUUUCUUUACAUUUCCAACGCUUAUUACAGGUCUUAUACAUUUUUGCUAAUUUUACCGGUGUGAUAUACCAUCUGUAAAACAUUUUCAUAACAUUUUCUUUUAACGCCGUACAAGCAGUAAAUCUUAAAUUUUCCUUCCAUAAUUUUUCCCAGUCUUCAAAUUGUAUAUUAUACCCAAAAUCUCUGGCCCAUUGUAUCAUUACCGAUUUAACUUCCUCAUCUUUCGUAUGCCAGUCUAAUAAUAUCUUAUACAUUUUGGACAAAAUUUUACAAUCAUUGUUUAUUAUGUCUGUUUGAAACUUUGAAUCUUUUUCUGUGUAACCACUUUCUUUAAUAUCUUUUUUAAACAUUUCAUUAACCUGGAAAUAAUGCAACCAAGCGUAAACAUAUUCCUUAACUUGCUCAUAUGGUUCUAUUUUCCAUUUGCCUCCUUCUUUGAUCAUCAAUUCACCAUAUGUGAUCCAAUUACCUCUCAUAUUUAUUUUCUUCACAGACAUAAUCUCUAACGGAGAUAACCAGUGCAGAACUCUUGGUUCUAAUAGGUUUUUAUAUCUAUCCCAUACUUCUAUAAGUGGACCUCGGAAUAUGUGGCUCCCAAACCCUUUAUGUAUUUUCUUCUUCUCACACCAUAAAUACGCAUGCCAUCCAAAUCUGUUAUCAAAGCCUUCGAGAUCUAAUAAUUCCUUACUUUCUAGUUUUAUCCAUUCUUUCAACCAACAGAGACAAGCUGCUUCAUAAUACAGUUUCAAAUCUGGCAGGGCGAAGCCUCCUCUUUCCUUCACAUCUGUUAAUAACUUAAAUUUAAUUCUUGGCUUCUUGCCCUGCCAGAUAUACCUUGAUAUCACUCUCUGCCACUCUGUAAAUAUUGAUACCCCCUUUAUUAUGGGGGUAGUCUGAAACAAAAAUAACAUCUUAGGAAGGACGCUCAUCUUUAUAGAAGAAAUUCUACCCCAAAAGGAUAGCUUCAAUCUACCCCAUAUUUCCAGGUCUUUCUUUAUUUCGUUCCACACCGGAAUAUAGUUGUUUUGAAAUAAAUCAACGUUUUUAGGAGUUAACCAAAUUCCCAGAUAUUUUACCUUUUUCACCACAUCUAUCUCUGUUCUUUGUUGCAUUAUUUCUGUCGUAGUUUGGUCCAUAUUUUUUGCUAUUAUUUUAGUUUUCUUUUUAUUUAGUCUGAACCCUGCUACAGUUCCAAAUUGCUCCAUCUCCUUCAGUACUUCUGUUACACCUUCUGUUGGUUCUUCAAUUGUUAUUACCAGAUCAUCUACAAAGGCUUUCACCUUAUAUUCAUUCUGGCCAACUGUCACCCCUUUUAUUAAGUCAUUUUGUCUAAUCGCCCUCAGGAGAACCUCCAGGACCGUUAUAAAUAACAAUGGUGAAAGUGGACAUCCCUGUCUAGUUCCUUUUGUUAUUUUUAUAUCCUCCAUAAUAACAUUAUUGACAAUCAAUUUUGCCUUUUGUUCUGUAUAUAUUGCCUUUAUCCCAUUAAAGAAUUCUUUCCCCACAUCCAUAUAUUCUAAAUUCUUCAACAUAAAAUCCCAUACAAUAUUAUCAAAGGCCUUCUCUGCGUCCACAAACUUUAAGAUUGCUUGUUUUUCGUUCCCGGCAGUCAGGUAUUCCAAAAUAUUUGUUAUAUUUCUUAUAUUAUCUCUCAGCUGUCUGCCAGGAAGAAAACCCGCUUGAUCUUUAUGUAUAAUUUCUUGUAGUAUCGUUUUCAUUCUAUUCGCUAAAAUCCCUGCGUAUAUUUUGUAGUCUGUAUUCAAUAAUGAAAUAGGCCUAUAAUUCUUAACUUGUGUUAGGUCCGAAUCCUGUUUGGGGAUAAAUGUAAUAAAUGCUUCUUUCCAAGUUUCCAGAAUAUCCCUUUCUUUUAAAAUAUUAUUCAUAAUUUCUUUCAAUGGUGUCACCAAAACAUCUGUCAAUUCUUUAUAGUAUCUUGCUGUAAAUCCGUCUGGUCCUGGGGCUUUCCCCCUUUUCAGUUCCUUUAUUAUCUCCUUUAUUUCAUCACUACUUAUUGGGGCAUUCAGUUGGCCUCCAACUCUACCUCUCUUUCAAUUCGGAACCAGUGAAGGCAGUGAAGGUCCUCUGUGAGUGUCUGGAGGCAGUUGGAGGAUGGAUGGCGGCUAACAGAUUGAGGUUGAAUCCUGACAAGACACAAGUACUGUUUUGGGGGGACAAGAGGCGGGCAGGUGUGGGGGACUCCCUGGUCCUGAAUGGGGUAACUGUGCCCCUGAAGGGCCAGGUGCGCAGCCUGGGAGUCAUUCUGGACUCGCAGCUGUCCAUGGAGGCACAGGUCAAUUGUGUGUCCAGGGCAGCCGUUUAUCAGCUCCAUCUGUUACGCAGGCUGAGACCCUACCUGCCCUCAGACUGUCUCACCAGAGUGGUGCAUGCUCUGGUUAUCUCUCGCUUGGAGUACUGCAAUGCGCUCUAUGUGGGGCUAUCUUAGAAGGUGAUCCGGAAACUACAACUAAUCCAAAAUGCGGCAGCUAGACUGAUGACUGGGAGUGGCCGCCAAGACCACAUAACACUGGUCCUGAAAGACCUGCAUUGGCUCCCAGUAUGUUUCCGAGCAGAAUUCAAAGUGUUGGUGCUGACCUUUAGAGCCCUAAAUGGCCUUGGUCCAGUAUACCUGAAGGAGCGUCUCCACCUCCAUUGUUCUGCCCAGACACUGAGGUCCAGCGCCGAGGGCCUUCUGGCGGUUCCCUCGCUGCAAGAAGCCAAGUUACAGGGAACCAGGCAGAGGGCCUUCUUGGUAGUGGCACCCGCCCUGUGGAAUGCCCUCCUACCAGAUGUCAAAGAGAAAAAUAACUACCAAACUUUUAGAAGACAUCUAAAGGCAGCCCAGUUUAGGGAAGCUUUUAAUGUUGAGUAGAUUAUUGUAUUUUAGUGUUUUGUUGGAAGCCGCCCAGAGUUCUGGCUGAGGAAACCCAGCCAGAUGGGCAGGGUAUAAAUAAAUUAUUAUUAUUAAUAUUAUUAACAGGAAAGAAACAAUAGAGCAUUGUGUAGCAGAUCAUAUUUCUGCUGUCUCAGAGGAGGACAUUUCCCUUUUCCUUUUAGGAUCCAGUGUGCUUUGAAGAUGUUGCUGUUCGUUUCACGGAUGAGGAGUGGGCGUUGCUGGAUCCUGACCAGAGAGCUCUGCAUAAGGACGUCAUGGAGGAGAAUCGUGGGAUAUUGGCCUCUCUUGGUAAGGCUCACUGUGGGAUCGUCAUAUCUGCCUGGAAAUUCAAAAAAUACCUCUAUGGGACCAACCUCAUAUAUUUUCACAGAGCUCAACAGCACCCCAUACAACACCUGGGAACCUAAAACCCUCACAAUAAAGAGUUAAUUACAGUUUUUUCUUUGAACAACCUUCCUCAAAUUAUUCCUUUUUCUACCAGGAUUGGGCUGGUCUGAACUUCCCAGGCCAUCUUCAAUGUCAGCUUCAGAAUUGUUAGGAAAAAUAAGUAGCUUCAGGUUUUUGUUUUUGCUCCUGUCAGUCUUGGGUUGACCAAAGAGCCGACUGGCAGCGAAGCUCAGGUGCUGCCAGCCAGAGAAGAAGCAGGCCUAGGGAGAGGAGAGUUAGCAGCGGAAGGCAGAGAGGAGGGGGAGAGCAACUGUCAUCUGAGCUCUGAACAAAGGGGAGAAGAAAAAGGGAGACAGAGUGACAGACAGCUGUGUGAGAGCUACAGGAGUGAGUCAUACGCUGGAAUGCAGGAAGCAUUCUCUGCCAAAUUUAAAGAUACUGGAAGAGAAGGUGGGGGCUUCCGUGCUGGGGAAGGGGGAGGAGCUCAGUCCGAGCAACUCCAUCUUGUGGGGAGGACGAUGAGUAGAGGAGCUCCGUCCAAGUUUGUUGUUUUAGCAAUAAAUCUGAAAUUACCGUAUUUUUUGCACCAUAACACUCACUUUUUUCCUCCUAGAAAGUAAGGGGAAAUGUCUGUGCAUGUUAUGGAGGGAAUGCCUAUGGGUGGCUUGCCUACGGAUUUUCCUCCUCUAAAAACUACGUGCGUGUUAUGUUUGGGGGCGUGUUAUAGAGCGAAAAAUACGGUAUUAACAGCCAGAGUCCUCUCACGUUUGGGGGAGAGACCAAGCCAUAACAAGGACUGACAUUGGGAGUGGAGGGAAUGCCAUGACUGGGCCAAACAAAAUCCAUCCCAGAGAAGAGCUAGGCUUAUGGAAUCUCAGGUAGUAGUAGCAGUGAUGAGGAUGAUGAUACAGUGGUACCUCGGUUUACAAACUUAAUCUUUUCCAGAACAGGACAGUUAUUAAAUCGAGGUACCACUGUAAUAAUAAUAAUAAUAAUAAUAAUAAUUUUUAUUUCUACCCUGCCCAUCUGGCUGGGUUGCCCCAGCCACUCUGGGCGGCUUCCAACACAUAUAUAAUCAUGAAACAUAAAUAACAAUAAUCUGAUUCCAUAUAAAAAGAACAUUAACUUUAAAAUGAACAACUUCUACUAGUGGCCAAAAUUGUGGAAACCUUUUGUGAAAAGUGUAUUUCUGAGGUUUGAUGGCUCAUAACACCACUUUCCCCUUCAUGGAUCACUGCCUUGCCGUGGCGAAGGGGCUUAAAUAACUCAGAGAAGCUAUGAACUAUGCUGAGCAGGGCCACCCAAGAUAGACAGGUCAUAGUGGAGAGUUUUGACCAAACGUGAUCCACCUAGAGCAGGAACCGGCAAGCCACUCCAGUAUCCCUGCCAAGAAAACUCCAUGGACAAAGACAACAGGCAUAUAAAAGUUAUGACGCUGGAAGAUGAGCCCCUCAGGUCGGAAGGCGUCCAACAUGCUACUGAGGAAGAGUGGAGGACAAGUACAAGUAGAUUCAGAGCUGAUGAAGCAGCUGGGCCAAAGCCAGAAGGACGCUCAGUUGCGGAUAUGCCUGGAAGCGAAAGGAAAGUCCAAUGCUGUAAAGAAAAAUAUUGCAUAGGAACCUGGAAUGUAAGAACCAUGAACCUUGGUAAGUUGGAUGUGAUCAAAAAUGAGAUGGCAAGAAUAAAUAUUGACAUCCUGGGCCUCAGUGAACUAAAAUGGACGGGAAUGGGCAAAUUCAGUUCGGAUGACCAUCAUAUCUACUACUGUGGGCAAGAAACCCAUAAAAAAAAUGGAGUGGCCCUCAUAGUCAACAAAAGAGUGGUGAAAGCUGUACUGGGAUGCAAUCUCAAAAAUGAUAGAAUGAUCUCGAUACGAACCCAAGGCAGACCUUUUAACAUCACAGUAAUCCAAGUUUAUGCACCAACCACUGGUGCUGAAGAAACUGAAAUUGACCAAUUCUAUGAAGACUUACAACACCUUAUUGAAGUGACACCAAAGAAGGAUGUUCUUCUCAUUAUAGGGGAUUGGAAUGCUAAAGUAGGGAAUCAAGAGAUAAAAGGAGCAACUGGCAAGUUUGGCCUUGGAGAGCAAAACGAAGCAGGGCAAAGGCUAAUAGAGUUCUGUCAAGAGAACAAGCUGGUCAUCACAAACACGCUUUCCCAACAACACAAGAGACGACUCUACACAUGGACAUCACCAGAUGGGCAGCAUCGAAAUCAGAUUGAUUAUAUUCUCUGCAGCCAAAGAUGGAGAAACUCUAUACAGUCAGCAAAAACAAGACCUGGAGCUGACUGUGGCUCAGAUCAUCAGCUUCUUAUAGCAAAAUUCAAGCUUAAACUGAAGAAAGUAGGAAAAACCACUGGGCCGGUAAGAUACAAUCUAAACCAAAUCCCUUAUGAAUACACAGUGGAAGUGAGGAACAGGUUUAAGGAUUUAGUCAACUCUUUGUGCCAUUUCUUUAAUUUUAUUAUGUUUUUCAACCUCACUAAAUGAAAGAACACAGAAAACCAACCAACUUGUUAGCAAUCACAUCAGACACUGACAAAAGUCAACCUAAGCAAGUUGUGCUUCCUUUUUCUGCUUAUUUGGCUAUAACGUUUGAUAGAAUACAGAUAAUUGAACAAACUUUCUUGGAUUGCAUUCUUGAUUAAAUUAUAUUCCCACUGAUAUAUGACUUUAUAAUAUUACUCCAAAAGAAGUGGUGUUAUGAGCCAUCAAACCUUUUUUUCCAAAAGGCUUCCAGAAUUUUGACCAACAAACAAACCAACAUUCAACAACUCAUCAGAAUCUCCCCUGUCUUCCACUGCCUCCCGCAGUUUGGUCAAACUCAUGCUGGUAGUUUCGAGAACACUAUCCAACCAUCUCGUCCUCUGCCGUCCCCUUCUCCUUGUGCCCUCCAUCUUUCCCAACAUCAGGGUCUUUUCCAGGGAGUCUUCUCUUCUCAUGAGGUGGCCAAAGUAUUGGAGCCUCAGCUUCAGGAUCUGUCCUUCCAGUGAGCACUCAGGGCUGAUUUCCUUCAGAAUGGAGAGGUUUGAUCUUCUUGCAGUCCAUGGGACUGUCAAGAGUCUCCUCCAGCACCAUAAUUCAAAAGCAUCCAUUCUUCGGUGAUAAGCCUUCUUUAUGGUCCAGCUCUCACUUCCAUACAUCACUACUGGGAAAACCAGAGCUUUAACUAUAUGGACCUUUGUUGGCAAGGUGAUGUCUCUGCUUUUUAAGAUGCUGUCUAGGUUUGUCAUUGCUUUUCUCCCAAGAAGCAGGUGUCUUUUAAUUUCAUGACUGCUAUCACCAUCUGCAGUGAUCAUGGAGCCCAAGGAAGUAAAAUCUCUCACUGCCUCCAUUUCUUCCCCUUCUAUUUGCCAGGAGGUGAUGGGACCAGUGGCCAUGAUCUUCUUUUUUUGAUGUUGAGCUUCAGACCAUAUUUUGCGCUCUCCUCUUUCACCCUCAAUAAAAGGUUCUUUAAUUCCUCCUCACUUUCUGCCAUCAAGGUUGUGUCAUCUGCAUAUUUGAUAUUUCUUCUGGCAAUCUUAAUUCUGGCUUGGGAUUCAUCCAGCCCAGCCUUUUGCAUGAUGAAUUCUGCAUGUAGGUUAAAUAAGCAUGGCGACAAUAUACAGCCUUGUUGUACUCCUUUCCCAAUUUUGAACCAAUCAGUUGUUCCAUAUUCAGUUCUAACUAUAGCUUCUUGUCCCACAUAGAGAUUUCUCAGGAGACAGAUGAGGUGAUCAGGAACUCCCAUUUCUUUAAGAACUUGCCAUAGUUUGGACUUCCGGGUCAGCGCCAUUGGUGAAUGGCGGAGUUCCUCCGACCGGAGGAACGGGCUCCGUGAAAACUGGGUCUUCCCGCCGCGGCGAAGGUGGGGACCCGCUAGAAAUCCCAGGCGGAGGAAGCCUGGGAACGUGGGGUUCGGCAGGGCACCAGAAGCGCUCCCCUACUCGCAGGGAAUCCCAUCUAGGGGCUCCGGAGCGAAGUGGGGUGAGAAGCGCGGUGCUACGAACUGACUGCUACUUUCACGGAGUGAAGCCGCACAGCCAUUGCCAGAGAGCGCUGACUUUUUCCUGUGGACAAUUGGACUUAAAACAAGUACCCGUGAGUAGAAACGGAAAAUUGGAUCAAUAAAUUGUUUUAAUUUGGUAUCGAAGCGGGAAGGUGCAAACAGGAAGUCCGCCUUCCGCUUUUUUGUAUAUAGACUAAAGCAAAAAUUUUGCAAGCUAAAGCCGGGAAGCUGUUAAAAAAGGACUAAAUUUCCUUCAUUUAGAAUCACUGAAACCCCCCUUGGAAGCAGGAGAAAAGGGGGGGGGACUCUGUUUAACCCCAGCAGGAGAGGGAGUGAAGAAGUAUAAGUUUCCACCGUCUCUAACCUGGAAACCGGGCGUCAGAGACAGAAACUGUUGGAGAGGUUCAUUGACUGUGAACGUAACACUUUGACAGAUAGCUAAUGAAGAGAAACAAGUUGAUUCUAUUGUUGCCUUUUGCAUCUUAAAGAAACAAAAUAUCUGAAAAACAUCUGAAAUAUCUGGAAAAUGAAAGUAACUUUCCUUUGUCUUCAAAAAAAAAAUAUGGAUGCAAGUAGAUUGUCUCCUCUAGAGGGAGCUUGCUAAAUUGUUGUUGCAGCAUAUUUGAGACCCAACAUCUGUGAGAUUAAGACUGUGGGAACAGUCUUUUCUGACCUUGAACAAAGAUGAGCUGGGAGAAAGACUGGGUGCUUGCUCUAUGCAAGACAAAUGCUUUGUUGGAACAGAUGCAUGAGAAGAUGGACUUGAUGAAUGAGAAAAUGGAUUUGACUGUUGUGGUUAAUAACUGUGGACAAACAGGGAACAUUGAUACAGAAAUCAUCCAGGGACCAAUCUAUGAAUCUGUACUGACUGGGCAAGUGCAGAUGACAAUGGAGGUGGUUGCGGCUGCACCUCAAAUAGUACAAAUGGAGAGACCUGAGGCCCUACAGGAGCAUAAGCCGCUGUUAUUGAAGAUUGAAGUUGGAGUGGGCCAAGGGGAGUCUGGAGAUGAGGAGGUUCCUAGCUUUGGAGAGACCUUGAAAUUUGAUUUUAAAUUCAUUUUGGAUUAUAUCGAGGACUGUGGGGAGUGGGACUGUGGGGAACGGGUGAGCUGGAUGAAGGGUGAUGGAGACAAUUUUGGGUUGGAAUCCCCCGAGACCUACUCCUCAAUGAGAAAGGAAAGAAACUAAGACAGAGACCAACAAGAGACAAGGAAAAGGGCAAGUACAAACAAGAUGAAGAAGAACUGCAAAAGGGACAUGGAAGAGAUUUAAGGGCCUCGGACAUAAGGCUUCCAGGUUGAUGGACUAGAUGGAAUGGACAAUAAGGACUGACAUGACCCGAGAUCAGGAAGAAGAGACGCUGGAUGAUGAUUGGAAGAGAAUUUAUAAUGGAAAUUUUUUAUUUUAGAAUCAGCUAACGAAUAUUAGGGGAAAUGUGGGAAUGAAACUAUAUGACUCUAGCAGAAAUGAUAUCAGGAGCUAUGUAUAUUUGAAAUUUAAGAUUUAAGUCUUAAGGCACUUAGGGGUAAGAUAAGGUUAAAUAAAUUAAGGUAAUCUGAAUAACAGAAUAUGGGGAAAGAUGGUAAGGAUUUGUUGAGAUAAUUAUUAGGUUAAAUUGUUAAGAUAAAUUUUAUAACAAAAAUUGAGAAAGAUGGAAAGAAUUUGCUGAAAUAAUUACUAAACUAGAACACAAAAAGGGAGGUGUGAGGAGGUCAAUGAAACAAGCAAAUGGAAAUUAUGGAUAUGCAAUUUGGGAUUUGUGUUUUUUUUCCUUUUUUCUUCUUUUUUUCUUUCUUUUGCUGUAUUGUGGUAUUGGUUUUCAUAUUUUGUGCUUUUCUCUUUUUUAUUGUUUUCUCUUCUUUUUUGUAUUGUAGUGUUGUUUUUGAUUUUUCCCUUUUCUUGUAAUUUUGAAAUUAUCAAUAAAUAUAUAUAUAUUUUUAAAGAACUUGCCAUAGUUUGCUGUGGUCGACACAGUCAAAGGCUUUUGCAUAGUCAAUGAAGCAGAAGUAGAUGUCUUUCUGGAACUCUCUAGCUUUCUCCAUAAUCCAGCGCAUGUUUGCAAUUUGGUCUCUGGUUCCUCUGCCCCUUCGAAAUCCAGCUUGCACUUCUGGGAGUUCUCGGUCCACAUACUGCUUAAGCCUGCCUUGUAGAAUUUUAAGCAUAACCUUGCUAGCGUGUGAUUUGAGUGCAAUUGUGCAGUAGUUGGAGCAUUCUUUGGCACUGACCUUCUUUGGGAUUGGGUUGUAGACUGAUCUUCUCCAAUCUUCUGGCCACUGCUGAGUUUUCCAAACUUGCUGGCAUAUUGAGUGUAGCAGCUUAACAGUAUCAUCUUUUAAAAUUUUAAAUAGUUCAUCUGGAAUAUCAUCACUUCCACUGGCCUUGCUAUUAGCAGUGCUUUCUAAGGACCAUUUGACUUCACUCUCCAGGAUGUCAGGCUCAAGGUCAGCAACCACACUACCUGGGGUGUAUGAGACAUUCAUAUCUUUCUGGCAUAAUUCCUUCUGUGUAUUCUUGCCACCUCUUCUUGAUGUCUUCAGCUUCUGUUAGGUCCUUACCACUUUUGUCCUUUAUUAUGAUAAUCUUUGUACAAAGUGUUCCUUUCAUAUCUCCAAUUUUCUUGAACAGAUCUCUGCUUUUUCCAUUCUAUUGUUUUCCUCUAUUUCUUUGCAUAGCUUCUCUGAGUUAUUCAAGUCCCUUCGCCACGGCAAGGCAGUGAUACAUGAAGGGGAUACACUACUGUGUAUCAAAGAAAGCAACAUUCAACAACUCAUCAGAAUCCAAUAAUGAAUAUGUUGGUUAAUGACAAACAACACAGGUAAUAAACACACACCCAAUUUGACGCACAGUGUAAAUUAAUAAUGCAGAGUUUUUAAGUGAAAGAAUAAGAGCAUUACUGAGUUAAAAUUAACUUAUAAAAAACAUGGUUCCAAACAGUUUGACUGAGAUUACAUACUGACUCUGCUCACAACUGAGGCGGACUGACUCUGACUGAAAUCUUACAGAGAACACAGAGAGAAAAUGGCUGCCAAGUCACAUGUCAGAGUGACUCAACAGUUAGCAGUUAGGCCUGAAUGACUGUAGUAGACCCAAAUGAUUGUCCAGUCCCAGCACCUCCCAGCCUGUUUCCUGUUUCUGCUCUCAUGUGUCUUUGUCACAUGACACAACUCCCUUCAGUUCUUCUCCAUUUAUUCCGGAGGCUCUUAUCCCUUUUUGUCUCCAUUGCAGAUUCUGAUGAAUUGGAAAGCGAGAACAAAGGUGACUGUGACAAAAUCCUCAGAGAGGAGAGGCCAGGUAAAAAUUUGGAGUGUGGAGAAAGCUGCAGUCAGAGCUCCCAUUCCACUUCCCAUCAACAAAAUCUCAUUGGAAAGAAAAUCUAUCAGUGCAUGGAAUGUGAAAAGAGCUUCAGUCAGAACUCCAAUCUCACUUCCCAUCAAAGAAUUCAUACAGGGGAGAAACCCUAUCAGUGUGUGGAAUGUGGAAAGAGCUUCCGUCAGAGCUCCCAUCUCACUUCCCAUCAAAGAAUUCAUACAGGGGAGAAACCCUAUCAGUGUGUGGAAUGUGGAAAGAGCUUCAAUGAUAGCUCCUCUCUCACUUCCCAUCAAAGAAUUCAUACAGGGGAAAAACCCUAUCAGUGUGUCGAAUGUGGAAAGAGGUUCAGGACACGCUACGAGCUCACUUCCCAUCAAAGAAUUCAUACAGGGGAGAAACCCUAUCAGUGUGUGGAAUGUGGAAAGAGCUUCAGUCAGAGCUCUGCUCUCACUUCCCAUCAAAGAAUUCAUACAGGGGAGAAACCUUAUCAGUGCGUGGAAUGUGGAAAGAGCUUCAGUCGCAGCCAGAAUCUCACUUCCCAUCAAAGAAUUCAUACAGGGGAGAAAUCCUAUCAGUGUGUGGAAUGUGGAAAGAGUUUCACUGAUAGGUCCUCUCUCACUUCCCAUCAAAGAAUUCAUACAGGGGAGAAACCCUAUCAGUGUGUGGAAUGUGGAAAGAGCUUCAAUGAUAGCUCCUCUCUCACUUCCCAUCAAAGAAUUCAUACAGGGGGAAAACCCUAUCAGUGUGUCGAAUGUGGAAAGAGGUUCAGGACACGCUACGAGCUCACUUCCCAUCAAAGAAUUCAUACAGGGGAGAAACCCUAUCAGUGUGUGGAAUGUGGAAAUAGCUUCACUGAUAGCUCCUCUCUCACCUCCCAUCAAAGGAUUCAUACAGGGGAGAAACCUUAUCAGUGCGUCGAAUGUGGAAAGAGCUUCAGUCACAGCCACAAUCUCACUUCCCAUCAAAGAAUUCAUACAGGGGAGAAACCCUAUCAGUGUGUGGAAUGUGGAAAGAGCUUCAAUCAGAGCUCCGCUCUCACUUCCCAUAAAAGAAUUCAUACAGGGGAGAAACCUUAUCAGUGUGUCGAAUGUGGAAAGAGCUUCAGUCACAGCCACCAUCUCACUUCCCAUCAAAGAAUUCAUACAGUGGCAAAACCCUAUCAGUGUGUGGAAUGUGGAAAGAGCUUCCGUCAGAGCUCCCAUCUCACUUCCCAUCAAAGAAUUCAUACAGGCAAGAAACCGUAUCAGUGUGUGGAAUGUGGAAAGAGCUUCACUCAUACCUCCUCUCUCACUUCCCAUCAAAGGAUUCAUACAGGGGAGAAACCCUAUCAGUGUGUGGAAUGUGGAAAGAGCUUCAGUCAGAGCUCCUCUCUCACUUCCCAUCAAAUAAUUCACACAGUGGAGAAACCUUAUCAGUGUGUGGAAUGUUGAAAGAGCUUCGCUGAUAGCUCCAAUCUCACUUCCCAUCAAAGAAUCCAUACAAAGGUGGGACAAACCAUUAUACAGCUUUAGAAUCCAGGCCUUUGGCUAAUUGACGUGUAUGAAAAUCAAAGUGUUAUGGGCCUUAAUUUAUGAUGAGUUUUAAAAAAUGUUUGGAAUAACCUUUCUAAAAAGACCAGAGGGAUUUCUGUUAAGUAUUGUUGGCAGGGACAUCCCGGAUGCCUUUAGGGAGGUAUUCUUAUAUGCAACGGCUGCAGCUUGGACUUUGGUGCGAAAGGGGUGGAAGGAAGAAGAAGUCCCGACAAUAACGGACUGGCAUAACAAGCUACAAGAAUUUGCUGAAAUGCAGUUGACAAAUAGCCUGAGAGGCAAUUCAAAACAAAAAUUUAUGGAAAAGUGGGAUAGAUAUAUGUUCAAAAAUACAGUAAUGGUUCGCUAUCUAUGCUAGCAUUCAAUUGGCGUUGGAAAGAGACUGAGUUGAGAAAUAAGACAAAGGGUACAUAUUGAUAUAGGAAUGUAUUAGAUAAAAUGUAAAGAAAUAUACAGUAAUAAGAGCACACUCUUUUGUGAAAAAGGAAUAUACAACGGGAUUCACAGGAAGUCCAAAGUGUUGGUACAUAUAUGAUUUUGGAAUAAUUUUUUGUCCUUGUUUUCUUUUUCUUUUAGCAUAUAAACUUUGUAUACUUGUUGAAAAUUAUAGUAUAAUAAGCCUUGUGAUGUUACAUGAUAAUGUUUACCAAUGUAACAUAAGAACAUUAAUAAAUAAUUUUUUGAAAAAAAAAUGUAAUGCCCUUUUAACAUGUGAUGUUUUGUGUUUUCAUGUUGUGUUUUAUGUUGUAACCAUCCUGAGACCUGUGGGUGUAGGGAAUAGGCGCCAACUCUUAAAGGCCUAGGGGUCUUUGCCCCACCCCCAAUAAAAUAUUUAAGGAUGCCACCCCCAAGUUUUUGGUGUGUGUUUUUUCAAACACAACCUUUUAUUCUUCUCUUAAAAAAUUAAAAAAUAAACUCACAAAGGUCAUGAGGAAAACAAAAUGCAAGAAAAUACAAACGUGGACAGGUCCCAUCUUUGCGGGUGAAGCGCAGAAGUUGCUUUGAAGCAAGGUUUCCCAAACUUGGGUCCCCAGCAGCUCCUGGACUACAGUUCCCAUCAUCCCUCCCCAUUGUUCCUGCUAGCUAGUAAGGUUCUGCAGCUGUAAGAAUGUGAAACCAAGAUUGAAUUAUUGCCUCUGUUAAUUGGGCUUUAUUGCUGGAUUGCUUCUAACAAACAAGUUUCUUUAGUUGGCUCCAUAGAUUUCUGAUUUGGGUUAAUGUUUGGGCUAUUCCCAAGCCAUUCCAGCAAUGGAAUAGGAUUAUCUUGAAAGCACCUUUUGCACACAGCAGCAACAUGACAUGGAGCUGAAUCCUGUUGAAAUAGAAAAUAAAUAUAUAAAUAAUUAUUUAUAUAAAUAUGUUUAAAUGCUUCAGUAUCUGGGUAAAGAUCACCUGUGGAAGCCUUCAGUUUGGGCUAAAGUAUUUCAAUUAUAUAUUUGGGGGCAUUUACAUUCCCAUUAAUGACGAAAAUUCUGACAACACCUUUUGCUGCCAUACCACCCCAGAUCAUCACACUAUCUGGGUGUUUCACGGUCGGUGUAAUGCAAGUAGCAUGUAAAUCUACUCUGAUUUCCCCUUGUGUAUUUCAUGCCAUCACUACCAAGCAAGGAGAUUUGAGUCUCAUCCCUCCAAAUAACACUGUCCCAUUGUUCCACUGUCCAGUUAACAUGGGUUUAAUCUUUUCAACCUUUGCUUGAGAGAUUUUCUUUAGUUGUGUAAGACUCUUUGUGACCCUAUGGACCAGAGCACGCCAGGCACUCCUGUCUUCCACUGCCUCCCGCAGUUUGGUCAAACUCAUGCUUUAGAGAUAACAAUGGCUUUUUCCUUAGAAUUCUAACAUUUAGACCAGUCCUUGCACUCAACUUCACAUUACAUCUCGCCACGUGAUCUUGUAUACACCAAGAUGAUUUUCUUCUGUCAGGUUGGGACAGUCUCUCCAUUCUUUGAUCUUCAUUUGCCUUUGUGCAUGUUUUCCUGCCUUUACCAGUCUGAUUUUGUAGUGGCUGAGUCUCCUUAUACCUCUUCAAUAAUAUAGAAAUGCCAGCUUUGGUUAAGUUUUUCCCAAUCUUUCAUCUAAUCUAUUCAGAACUGUAGCCUUGUUCACUUAAUAGUACAAUUUUACAUCGCUUUCUGGGUGACAAGUCUGUUGGGAUACUGCCAAGGAGACGUGGCCAUCAGGCAGCCUCCACGUCGUCUCCGGACAAUCUCCCGGUCUCCCAUAGGACAGCAUCAGUCAAUUAGCGACACGAGCCUCAGACACAGUCCAAGACUUGUGCACACCCUUGUGCAUGGCAGAGUUUCUACAACAGAAGAUGCUGACAGGAGAGCAUAUUUACAGCUUUAUUCAAUGUAGAUCAGAACAAAAGAAAAACAUGACUGCUUGCCUCCAUGUCCAGGAAAACAGCCGGAACAAAAGCUAUAUACAAAAUGGAAACUCCCAGUGACCAGGAAGUAAACAGGCAUGUGACACACAACAAUCAUGCCUGACUCUCUUAAGGUGGAACGGAACUAUAUCCUAAUUCUUUGUGCCAUUUCUAUAAUUUUAUUAUGUUUUACAACCUCACUAAAUGAAAGAACAAAAAAACCCCCAACCAACUUGAUAGCAAUCACAUAACACACUGACAAAAGUGAACCUAAGCAAGUUGUGCUUCCUUUUUCUGGUUAUUUGGCUAUAACGUUUGAUAGAAUAUGGGUAAUUGAACAACCUUUGUUGAAUUGCAGUCUUGAUUAAAUUAUCUUUCCAUUGAUAUAUUAUUUUAUGAUAUUAUUCCAAAAGAAGUGGUGUUAUGAGCCAUCAAACCUCUGAAAUACACUUUUUUCCAAAAGUCUUCCACAAUUUUGACCACUACUAUAUAUCAAACAAACCAACAUUCAACAACUCAUCAGAAUAUAAUAAUAAAUAUGAUGGUUAAUGACAAACAACACAGGUAAUGAACACCCCCCCAACUCCCUUCAGUUCUUCUCCAUUUGUUCCUGAGGCUCUAAUCCCUUUUUGUCUCCAUUGCAGAUUGUAAUGAAUCGGAAAUUGAGAACAAAGGUGACCACGAUAAAAUGCCCGGAGAGGAGAAGCCACGUAAAAAUUUGAAGUGUGGAGAAAGCUGCAGUCAGAGCUCCCAUUCCACUUCCCAUCAACAAAAUCUCAUUGGAAAGAAACUCUAUCAGUGCAUGGAAUGUGGAAAGAGCUUCAGUCGGAGCUACAAUCUCACUUCCCAUCAAAGAAUUCAUACAGGGGAGAAACCCUAUCAGUGUGUGGAAUGUGGAAAGAGCUUCAGGACGCAGGACAUUCUAACUUCUCAUCUAAGAAUUCAUACAGGGGAAAAACCCUAUCAGUGUGUGGAAUGUGGAAAGAGCUUCAGUCAGAGCUCCGAUCUCACUUCCCAUAAAAGAAUUCAUACAGGGGAGAAACCCUAUCAGUGUGUGGAAUGUGAAAAGAGCUUCACUGAUAGCUCCUCUCUCACUUCCCAUCAAAGAAUUCAUACAGGGGGGAAACCCUAUCAGUGUGUGGUAUGUGAAAGAGCUUCAGUCAGAGCUCCCAACUCAUCUCCCAUCAAAGAAUUCAUACAGGGGAAAAACCCUAUCAGUGUGUCGAAUGUGGAAAGAGCUUCAGGCAUAGCUCCUCUCUCACUUCCCAUAAAAGAAUUCAUAAAGGGGAGAAACCAUAUCAGUGUGUGGAAUGUGGAAAGAGCUUCAGUCACAAUCAGACUCUCACUUCCCAUCAAAGAAUCCAUACAAAGGUCGGGAAUACCAUUUUACAGCUUUAGGAGCCAGGAAAUUCGCAACUUUAUUACCAGGCCUUUCGCUAAUUGA